AUGAAGUGUUUCCGGGAUUCCGAUUACGAGGAACUGUUGGAUGUUGCCCAAAAGGGGCUGGGACGGACUUCAAGGCCACAACUCAUAGUGAUUGUUGGGGCAGGCAUAAGUGGGCUCACGGCUGCCAAAUUGCUAAGAGAUGCUGGACACCAGGUUCGGAUUCUGGAAGCCAGUGACCGUGUGGGAGGUCGGAUCAAAACCUACCGUGAGAAAGAUUGGUAUGUGGAUCUGGGACCUAUGCGCCUGCCCAAACACCAUAGAAUUAUUCAUGAAUAUCUUAAGAAAUUCAACCUCACAUUAAAUCCAUUUGUCCAGACUGAUAAGAAUGCCUGGUAUUUGGUGAGAAAUAUAAGACAAAGGGUAGCAGCUGUGAGUGCAAACUCUGAGAUCUUUGGAUAUGAAGUGAACCCCCAGGAGAGGGGAAAAUCUGCUGGUAAACUCUAUGAGGAAACACUAGAUAAGACAACCAACUGCACACAUUUGAAAGAGAAAUAUGACUCCUUUUCCACUAAGGAAUACCUAAUUAAAGAAGGAAAUCUAAGCAGAGGAGCAGUUGAUAUGAUUGGUGAUCUCUCAAAUCGAGAAGCUGCAUUUUAUACUUCCUUUCUUGGCUCUGUUGAGUCAUAUGUUACCUUUUUUAAUGACAGCUUUGAGGAAAUCACAGGUGGAUUUGACCGGCUCCCCAACAGCUUCUACCGCGAAAUGCCUGGGACAGUCUGUCUGAACUGCACCGUAGAGAAGAUCGUUCGGUCAGGAAAGAAAGUGAGGGUGUUUUUCCGCAAGCCUGGCAAAAGGGUCUUGUCAUGUCAGACCGCUGACUAUGUCCUUGUCACGGCCACCACAAAAGCCACACGACUCAUCCGAUUCCAGCCACCCCUUUCCUCUGUGAAGGCUCAUGCUCUGCGUGCUUAUCACUACGCAAGCUCGACUAAAAUUGCUUUGGCUUGCACAGACAGAUUCUGGGAGAAAGAGGGGAUUCGAGGUGGGAGGUCAAUCACAGAUCACCCAUCUCGAGUUAUCUACUACCCAAACCAUGACUUUGCCAGUGGGCUUGGAGUACUCCUAGCUUCUUAUACCACAAGAGAUGAGGCAGACUUCUUUGUUCCUCUCAGUGAGGAAAAAUGUGUUGAUGUGGUGAUGGAUGACCUAUCAGAAAUCCACAAUGUGUCCAAAGAGCAUCUCAAAUCUGUUUGCACUAGGCAUAUGAUACAGAAAUGGGCCCGAGACAGGUAUUCUAUGGGGGCCUUUGCUUCCCCCACUCCAUACCAGUUCCGCUACUUUUUCAAGGCUUUGUCUGAGAAUGAAGGGAGGAUCUACUUUGCAGGGGAACACACAGCCCAUCCUCAUGCGUGGAUUGAGACUGCAAUGAAAUCUGCUAUAAGGGCAGCAAGUCGUAUUCACAACAGGAAUACUUAA